GUUUGAGCGUGGACGUUUGCUACCUGUCUGACGAAAUUACGAUGAUGCGUUCACAGUUUCAACCGUUGAAGGAUUAUCUUGGGCUUGCGAACUUGGUUGGGAAUAUUAGAGAGCUGCAAAAUUCCCAGCAUCUAUCGUCACCCGAAGAUUUUGAUGUGGAUAAAUUCUUUUUUCCUCCCGUUCCACGAGGCCGGUUUGACAGCAUGGGGAGCAGCUCUUCAAGCUCCGCAAGCGACUUCUCAUUAAAUGGUACCGACCGUGACAUAGACUGUUGCUCGUCAUACAAUUUCAGUGAUUUCCCCGUCGCUCGCAAUUUAAGCCCGUUGGAUUUCUUAAUGAAUGGAACUGACUUUGACUACACGCCACCUUAUGGGUUUUCCGACUUCGAAGUAAAUCGUCUCCACAGUCCGCUGGAUCUCUGCAGUGGUAGAAACAGCCUAGCGAUCAACCGCCGCGGAAAGCAGAGCCGUAAGAAAGCCCAGCAAGUAUGCGUAUUCUGCAGAAACAAUGGGGAGAGCGAGUCUGUGUACGCAGACCACGCGUUGAAGGACUCUGAAGGUAAAGUUACGUGCCCAGUGCUAAGAAGAUACACAUGUCCAAUAUGCGGAGCCAACGGCGAUGAAGCCCAUACCAUCAAAUAUUGCCCACACGGAAACAAGAACGACGAACAGCCAAGUAUGAAAAUGUUGAAAGCUACAAGAACGUCCACGGGAAAGAAGAGGUCGAUCUAGAAAUGGACAUGCCAAAUAGACUUGUACGAGUUUUAUAUUAUUCACACGACCGUAUAACUGCCACAGCCAACAUAACUUGAUUGAAACUCCGUAUUUGCAACAAAGAAAACCUCGGUUUAAUAAUUUCUCACAGUACAACAAUACAAUGGUGCCACAAUUUAUAUAAUAUAUAUAAAAAAUGAACUGACCACGCGAAUUUAUGAAAUGCGUGGAUUCAUCCAUGAACUCGAUAUUGUAGAACAAGAUUUGUUUUGAUGCAACUGCUAAUUCAGGUACUUAAUUUUCAAUAGUUAAGUUUUUGAUUGAAAAGGGGCUAGGAUGUUUUCUAGUUGACUAGAAUAUUUACCGUUGUUAUCACUGCCACUAUUGGUUGACUUUUUUACCGCUAUGUAUUAAUUUGUUGUAUUCAGUCCAUUUUGAUGUGCCGGUGGGGGUUCGGGUAAAGACACGGACGGCCCCUGCUGCAUUCUAUGGGACGACCUGCCCGCCCAUUGACAGAUUUAUAUAUAGCAUUUGUGUUUUCCUCAUUUUUUUUAUAUCAUGUUAAAAAUUUACGAGUUUGAAAAAUUUCCCGAAUAUUGAUUGAGUACGGUAGCCAUUUUGGGUGCGUGCUGAAGUUUUUCUAUGUUUGUAAAAAUGCGCAUUUGCGAACAAAGUUUUCAAAAAAAAUGAAGUUUUCGUAGAAAAUUAGUUGUAAUUUAUAUUCAAUUUUUUGAAAUUACAUAAAAGGUGGGAUUUUAUAAUUGUCAACUCGAAGAAAAAUAUUAUUUUAAAUGUUUACAGAAUUCAUGGCAAUACAACUUUUCACAGGUGGUUCUCAAAGAGAAAACUUUUUUGAUGAAAAGAUACUCUAUUUUAGACUGUUAUUUUUAGAAUCGUCAGGAAAUGCGUUGUUGAAAACGCAGCGAUUAUUUUUAUGCAUGGUACUAGUUUACGAAAUACCUGCUGUUAUGACAUAACACGUAGCUGUUUAUGUAGGAUCUAUUCAUUAACAAAUUUACUGAGCACCGGACAAUGCCUGCUGAAAGUCGGUGCCAAAUUUAUUUAUGUUUAAAAAUUUGUUCAAAUGUAGUGACUGCACUCUUGCUGACGGUUUCAUACUUUUCACGUGUUAAACGCAAAACAUUCGAAGUUUACUCCCUAAAUUUAACUAUCUAUUCGGACCGUGGGAUGCGUUACACGGAAGAGGGGAGACGCUGCUAGCAAUAUGCAAGUCGUACUUUUUUGUUAAUAUUAAAUUGUUCAGAGUAUAUUAAUUUCUAUUUGUAUAAUUCUUUUAUCGCAAUACAAAUUCUCUGCGGCGCAGGAGAGAUGCUUUAGAAAUUUUAAAAGUAUUUGCACCGCGGAGUGUCUAUUUUAUUGUUCUAUUAAAAACUGCAAUGCUCGAGUUGAUAUGCGUUCCAUUAUUCGCGUGUCGAUUCCUGCAAAAACAAAUUGUGCAUAUUUUGUAAGUUUUUUAUAUUUAAAUAAAAGUUUAAACAGUUGUGUUUUAAAAAAUUA